AUGGGUCUCCGGAGGAUUGGCGCCUCCCGCGUGCCCAGCUGCUCUCCCCUCACGUUCCCCGAGCUGCACGAGACGUGGAAACAGCCCCAGUGUCUGGCAGCAGAUGAGCAGAUCCGUGGAAUGUGGUCCGUCCACACGGUGGAGUACCACUCAGCCAUCAAAAGGAACAAAGCGCUGGCACCUGCAACAGCCUGGAUGCGCCUUGAAAACAUGUUCGGUGAAGGAAGCCAGACUAGAGGCCCCGUGUUGAAUGAUUUCACCGGCUGGUUUGCACGGUCGUCUGUGCCCAGCAGCCGAGUGGGUGAUGUCUGUGUCCCUGGAAGGCCAGAGGCCACAUGCCAGCUCCCCAGCCAGAAUGGGGAGGAGCCCGGCUGUUCUUGUCCGGUCUUCCGACUCUGGGAGGUGAUGGUGGGCGUGAUGGCCCUCGUUGGUUGCCAUGAGAUGCUGUGUGGCCAGCAGGUCUCCACGGUGAAGCAGCUGUCAGGGGCCGUGGUGGGGGUCAUUUCCUUAGCCUGGUUCCAGAUGUGGUUCCUGGCAUUGCAAGCCAGGCAGGGAGAUGUGUCCCACAACCUGCUCCGGGCAGUGGACGCUGGGCUCCUGGCCAACCUCUCCGCACUGACAGAGCUUGCAGGUGAGGAGUACAUCGCCUGCCUCCCGGACAACAGCUCCGGUGCCGUGGUGCCGGUGGCCUUCUCCACUGCCCACGAGGGCCCGCUGGCACCCGAGGCCUGCGGCGCCUUCUGCUUUGCGGCUGGCUGGGGCCUCGGGGCCCUCUCGGACCAGGGCUGGUGCCUGUGCGGGGCGGCCCAGCCCCCCAACGCCUCCUCGGCUUGCCUACCCUUGUGCUCCAGCCCCCCGCUGCCCCUCGCCCCUGCCUGCGGGGGCCCCACCCUCCUUGAGAACGUCUUCCCUGCCUCCCCAGGGGCCGCCCUGGUGGGGCCUCCAGGACCCCUGGCCUCUGGCCAGCCAGCAGCCUUCCAUGUCACUGCCUCCCUACCCGUCAGCUCCACACACUGGGACUUUGGUGACGGCUCCCCUAAGGUGGAUGUUGCUGGUCCUGCCACCACUCACCGCUAUUCCCUGCCCGGCCACUACCAGGUGACAGCUGUGCUGGCCCUGGGGGCUGGCUUGGCCCAGCUAGGGGCCAAGGUGCAAGUGGAGGCGGCCCCUGCUGCCCUGGAGCUCGAGUGUCCAGUCUCGGUACUCAGUGAUGAGACCCUCAAGCUUGGCGUCCGAAAUCGUGGUGGCUCCGGCCUGGAAGCCACCUACAGUAUUGUGUCUUUGGGCGAGGAGCCAGGUCGAGUGGUGCAUCCGCUCUGCCCCUCGGACACCGUGAUCUUCCCCGGUAAUGGGCACUGCUACCGCCUGGUGGCCGAGAAGGCCGCCUGGCUGCAGGCACAGGAGCAGUGCCGGGCCUGGGCCGGGGCCGCCCUGGCCAUGGUGGACAGUCCCGCCGUCCAGCGCUUCCUGGUCUCCCAGGUCACCAGGAGCCUGGACGUGUGGAUUGGCUUCUCGGCUGUGGAGGGGGCUGAGGCGGGCCCUGCCGUGCGGGGUGAGGCCUUCAGCCUGGAGAGCUGCCAGAACUGGCUGCCUGGGGAGCCGCACCCUGCCACGGCUGAGCGCUGCGUGCGGCUUGGGCCCGCGGGGCAGUGCAACACGGACCUGUGCUCGGUGCCCCACAGCUACGUCUGUGAGCUCCGGCCUGGAGGUCCUGUGUGGGAUGCGGAGAACUUCCUCGUGGGAGCGCCCCCUGGAGACCUGCAGGGACCCUUGAGUCCCCUGGCACAGCAGGAGGCCCUGUCAGCCCCCCAGGAGCCCGUCGAGAAUGUGGUCUUCAACGUCAUCUACCAGAGCGCUGCUGUCUUCAAGCUCUCGCUGACGGCCUCCAACCAUGUGAGCAAUGUCACCGUGAACUAUAACGUCACCGUGGAGCGGAUGAACAGGAUGAGGGGCCUCUGGGUGUCUGCAGUGCCACCCGUGUUGCCCCCCAAUGCCACGCUGGCACUGGCUGCCCACGUGCUGGUGGACUCGGCUGUGGAGGUGGCUUUUCUGUGGACCUUUGGGGACGGGGACCAGGUGAUUGGCCAGUUCAAGCCUCCGUACAAUGAGUCCUUCCGGGUGCCAGACCCUGCGGUCGCCCAAGUGCUGGUGGAGCACAAUGUCACACACGCCUACGCCAUCCCAGGUGAGUACAACCUGACCCUGCUGGUGUCCAACGCCUUCGAGAACCUGACGCGGCAAGUGUCUGUGAGCGUGCGCGCCACCCUGCCUGCUGUGGCUGUGGCCGUGGGAAGCCGUGUCCUGGUGGCUGGCCAGUCUGUCACCUUUGCCCCACGCCCACUGCCCUCACCUGGGGGCAUCCUGUACACGUGGGACUUCGGAGAUGACUCCCCAGCUGUGACGCAGCACUGGCCAGAGGUCAACCACACAUACAGCUCAGGGGGCACAUACCGCGUCCGUCUGGAGGUCAACAACACGGUUAGCAGCGUGACGGCAUGUGUCGGCAUCCGUGUCUUUGAGGAGCUUCGGGGCCUGAGCGUGAGCCUCAGCCCGUCCGUGGAGCAGGGCGCGCCUGUGACCGUCAGUGCCGCCCUGGAGUCGGGAGACAACGUCACGUGGACUUUUGACAUGGGGGACGGCACGGUGCUCACGGGCCCCGAGGCCACGGUGGAGCACGUGUACCUGCGGGCACGGAACUGCACGGUGACUGUGGGAGCGUCCAGCCCCGCGGGCCGCCUGGCGCUGAGCCUGCCCCUGCAGGUGUUUGUCCUGGAGGUGCUGCGGAUCGAGCCUGCGGCCUGCAUCCCUGUGCAGCCCCUCGCCCGGCUCACGGCCCACGUCACUGGGGACCCCACCCACUACAUCUUUGACUGGACGUUCGGGGAUGGCUCCUCCAACACCACCGUCUCGGGGGACCCGACGGUGACGCACAACUUCACGCGGAGCGGCACGUUCCCCUUGACGCUGGUCCUCUCGAGCCACGUGAACAAGGCCCAUUACUUCACCAGCGUCUGCGUGGAGCCCGAGCUGGGCAACGUGACCCUGUGGCCCGAGAGGCAGUUCGUGCGGCUCGGGGACGAGGCCCGGUGGGUGGCUCGUGCCUGGCCCCCAUUCCUCUACCGUUACACCUGGGACUUUGGCACUGAGGAUCCUGCCCGCGUCGGGGGCCCCGAGGCCACGUUUGCCUACCCGGCCUCUGGCUCCUACCUGGUGACGGUUGCCGUAUCCAACAACAUCUCGGCUGCCAACGACUCCGCGCUCGUGGAGGUGCAGGAGCCCGUGGAGCUCACGGGUGUCCGGGUCAAUGGUUCUCGCGUGCUGGAGCUGCAGCAGCCAUACCUGUUCUCCGCCGGGGGCCGCGGGUGCCCCGCCACCUACCUGUGGGAGCUGGGGGACGGUGGGCUCCUCGAGGGCUCCGCGGUCAUCCACGCCUACAACAGCACGGGCCACUUCACCGUCCGCGUGACCGGGUGGAACGAGGUGAGCCGUGGCGAGGCUCGGCUGAACGUCACGGUGCGGGAGCGUGCGCGGGGGCUCAGCGUCAACGCCAGCCGCACGGUGGUGCCCCUCAACGGCAGCGUCAGCUUCGCCACCUCCCUGGAGGCCGGCAGCGACGUGCGCUACUCCUGGGUGCUCUGCGACCGCUGCACGCCCAUCCCCGGGGGCCCCACCAUCUCCUACACCUUCCGCUCCGUGGGCACCUUCAACAUCAUCGUCACGGCCGAGAACGAGGUGGGCGCCGCCCAGGACAGCAUCUUUGUCUACGUCCUACAGCACAUCGAGGGCCUGCAGGUGGUGGGGGGCGGAGGCGGCUGCUGCUUUCCCACCAACCGCACGCUGCAGCUGCAGGCCGUGGUCCGGGACGGCACCAACAUCUCCUACAGCUGGACCGCCCAGCGGGACGGCGGCCCGGCGCUGGCCGGCAGCGGCAGAGCCUUCUCGCUCACUGUGCUCGAGGCCGGCACUUACCGCAUCCAGCUGCGGGCCGCCAACAUGCUGGGCAGCGCCCUGGCCAAUCGCACGGUGGACUUUGUGGAGCCUGUGGGGUGGCUGGCCGCAGCCGCCUCCCCGAACCCGGCCGCCGUCGAUGCCAGCGUCACCCUCUGUGCCAAGCUGGCUGGGGGCAGCGGCGUCAUUUAUAGCUGGUCUCUGGAGGGAGGACUGAGCUGGGAGACCCCAGAGCCAUCCACGACCCACACCUUCCCCACCCCCGGCCUGUACCUGGUCACGGUCACGGCUAGGAACCAGCUGGGCUCGGCCAACGCCACCACUGAGGUGGCUGUGCAGGUGCCCGUAAGUGGCCUCAGCAUCAGGGCCGGCGAGCUGGGUGGCAGCUUCGUGGCGGCGGGUUCUGCCGUGCCCUUCUGGGGGCAGCUGGACUCAGGCACCGACGUGAGCUGGUGCUGGGCGGUGCCGGGUGGCAGCAGGCACGGCCAGCACGUUUCUGUGGUCUUCCGUGACGCCGGCGCCUUCUCCGUUCGGCUCAACGCCUCCAAUGCCGUCAGCUGGGGCCUGGCCACGCGUGAGCUCACGGUGGAAGAGCCCGUCGCGGGCCUCGUGCUGUGGGCCAGCAGCAAGGUGGUGGCGCCCGGGCAGCUGGUCCACCUGCAGGUCCUGCUGGCCGCUGGCUCUGCCGUCAGCUUCUACCUGCAGGUCGGCGGGGCCGCCACCGAGGCACUGCCCGGGCCCCGCUUCUCCCGCAGUUUCCCCCGGGCCGGGGACUACACGCUGAGCGUGCAGGCGGAAAACCACGUGAGCCGGGCCCAGGCGCAGGUGCGCAUCUUGGUGCUAGAGGCGGUGGGUGGGCUCCAGGUGCCCAACUGCUGUGAGCCAGGCAUCCCCACGGGCACGGAGAGGAACUUCACGGCCCGCGUGCAGCGGGGGUCCCGCGUGGCCUACGCGUGGUACUUCUCCUUGCAAAAGGUCCAGGGGGACUCGCUGGUCAUUCUGUCAGGCCGCGACGUCACCUACACCCCCGUGGCCGCGGGGCUGCUGGAAAUCCACGUGCGCGCCUUCAACGAGCUGGGUGGCGUGAACCGCACCCUCGUGGUCGAGGUCCAGGACGCCAUCCAGCACGUGGUGCUGCGCAGUGGCCGCUGCUUUACCAACCGCUCGGCCCGGUUCGAGGCCGCCACCAGCCCUAGCCCCCGGCGUGUGGCCUAUCGCUGGGACUUCGGGGAUGGGGCCCCGGCGGAGGACACGGAGGCGCCCUGGGCUGAGCACUCCUACCUGCAGCCUGGGGACUACCGCGUGGAGGUGAAUGCUUCCAACCUGGUGAGCUUCUUCGUGGCCCAGGCCACGGUCACCGUCCACGUGCUGGCCUGUAGGGAGCCCGAGGUGGACGUGGCCCUGCCCCCGCAGGUGCUGAUGCGGCGCUCCCAGCGCAACUACCUGGAAGCCCACGUCAACCUCCGUGACUGCGUCACCUACCAGACGGAGUACCGGUGGGAGGUGUACCGUGCCGCUGGCUGCCAUCGGCCGGUGCGCAUGGCCCCCGUGGCUCUGCCCAGCGUGGACAUGAGCCGGCCCCAGCUGGUGGUGCCACGGCUGGCGCUGCCUGUGGGCCACUACUGCUUUGUGUUUCUGGUGUCAUUUGGGGACACCCCGCUGGCACGGAGCAUCCAAGCCAAUGUGACCGUGGUCCCUGAGCGCCUGGUGCCCAUCAUCGAGGGAGGCUCGUACCGUGUGUGGUCGGACACUCAGGACCUGGUGCUAGAUGGGAGCAAGUCCUACGAUCCCAACCUGGAGGACGGCGACCAGACGCCACUCAGCUUCCACUGGGCCUGUGUGGCCUCAACGCAGAGUGAGACUGGCGGGUGCGCUCUGACCUUUGGGCCCCGGGGGAGCAGCGUGGUCACCGUCCCCCGGGAGCGCCUGCAAGCUGGCGUGGAGUACACCUUCAACCUGACCGUGUGGAAGGCAGGCCGGAAGGAGGAGGCCACAAACCAGACGGUGUUGAUCCGUAGGGGUCGGGUGCCCCUUGUGUCCUUGGAGUGUGUGUCCUGCAAGGCGCAGGCCGUGUACGCAGUGAGCCGUAGCUCCUAUGUGUACCUAGAGGGCCGCUGUGACAACUGUAGCGGGGGCUCCCAGCGAGGGGUGAGCGCGAGAACCACAGCACACGUGGGCAUCAUGCUGUACGGGGCUGAGGGCCGCAGCGGCCACCGGCACCUGGAUGGGGACAGGGCCUUCCGCCGCAACAGCCUGGACGUGUUCCAGAUCGCCACGCCGCACAGCCUGGGCAGCGUGCGGAAGAUCCGUGUGUGGCACGACAACAAAGGGCUCAGCCCCGCCUGGUUCCUGCAGCACAUCAUCGUCCGGGACCUGCAGACCGCCUGCAGCACCUUCUUCCUGGUCAACGACUGGCUGUCGGUGGAGACUGAGGCCAAUGGCGGCCUCGUGGAGAAGGAGGUGCUGGCAGCAAGCGACGCGGCUGUGCGGCGGUUCCGGCGCCUCCUGGUGGCCGAGCUGCAGCGUGGCUUUUUUGACAAGCAUCUCUGGCUCUCCCUCUGGGACCGGCCACCUCGGAGCCGCUUCACCCGCGUCCAGCGGGCCACCUGUUGCGUCCUCCUCGUCUGCCUCUUCCUGGGCGCCAAUGCUGUGUGGUACGGGGUCGUGGGAGACGCCGCCUACAGCGCGGGGCCCGUGUCCGGUCUGAUCCCGCUGAGUGCCGACACAGUUGCCGUCGGCCUGGUGUCCAGUGUGGUCGUCUAUCCCGUCUACCUGGUCAUUCUGUUUCUCUUCCGGAUGUCCCGGAGCAAGGUGGCUGGGGGCCCGAGCCCCACCCCCGCGGGGCAGCCGGUCCUGGACAUCGACAGCUACCUGGACUCGUCUGUGCUGGACAGCUCCUUCCUGGCCUUCCCGGGGCUCCGCGCUGAGGCCUUUGCCGGACAAAUGAAAAGUGACUUAUUUUUGGAUGAUUGCAAAAGCCUGGUGUGCUGGCCGUCCAGUGAAGGCACGCUGAAUUGGCCGGACCUGCUGAAUGACCCAUCCAUCGUGGGCAGCACCCUGCAGCGGCUGGCACGGGGCCGCCUGGGCCCGGAGGAGGACGGGCUCUCCCUGGUCAGCCCCUCCUCACCUGCCAAGUCCUUCUCAGCUUCGGACGAGGACCUCAUCCGGCGGAUCGUGGCUGAAGGGGCCGGCAGCCUGGCCCCUGCCCGGGACGUGCAAGUAGAAACGGAUCUGCUCGCUGGCCUGUCCAGCGCUCCUGCGGAGAGGACGGAGACGCUGAUGCUGCAGAGGCUGGGGGACAGGGGGCUGCCCAGCCCGGGUCUGACCUGGGAGCGGCCCCAGUCAGCAAAGCCCGCCAGGACAGGACUGGUGGACGGUCUGCGGAGGCGGCUGCUGCCAGCCUGGUGUGCUCCCCUGGCCCACGGACUCAGCCUGCUCUUGGUGGCUGUGGCUGUGGGGGUCUCCGGCUGGGUGGGUGCCGGCUUCUCCCCUGGUGUGGGUGUGAUGUGGCUCCUCUCGAGCAGCUCCAGCUUCUUGGCCUCCUUCUUCGGCUGGGAGCCGCUCAAGGUCCUGCUGGAGGCCCUGUACUUCUCCCUGGUGGCCAAGCGGCUGCACCCCGACGAGGACGACACCCUGGUGGAGAGCCCGGCUGUGACCCCUGUGAGUGAGCGUGUGCCCCGUGUGCGGCCCCCACACGGCUUUGCGCUCUUCCUGGCGAAGGAAGAGGCCCGAAAGGUCAAGAAGCUGCACGGGAUGCUGAGGAGCUUCCUGGUAUACAUGCUCUUCCUGCUGGUGACGCUGCUGGCCAACCAUGGGGACGCUUCCUGCCACAGCCAUGCCUACCGCCUGCAGAGUGCCAUCAAACAGGAGCUCGGCAGCCAGGCCUUCCUGGCCAUCACCCGGUCUGAGGAGUUUUGGCCGUGGAUGUCCCACGUCCUGCUCCCCUACAUCCAUGGGAACCAGUCCAGCCCAGAGCUGGGGCCCCCGCGACUGCGGCAGGUGCGGCUGCAGGAAGCACUCUGCCCAGACCCUGCUCGCCCGGGUGUGCCCAUGUGCGCGGCAGCCGCGGGCUCCUUCAGCACAGGCGACUAUGGCAUCGGCUGGGGCAGUGCUGCCCACAACGGCUCCGAGACGUGGGCCUACUCUGCGCCAGACCUGCUGGGGGUCUGGUCCUGGGGCUACUGCGCCGUGUACGACAGCGGGGGCUACGUGCAGGAGCUGGGGCUGAGCCUGGAAGAGAGCCGCGCGCAGCUGGGCUUCCUGCAGCUGCACAACUGGAUCGACAACAGCUACAGCCUUGAUCCCAUCCCCACCCGACAAAGUCAAAUAAACCAGCUGGCUGACUGCAUCCGCGUCUGGCUCUGA